AUGUCUGCCAACCAAAAGAAACAAAAGGUCGCUAACGCUUUGGAAGAAUUGAAGACCCACACCGUCGUUGUCGCCGACACUGGUGAUUUCGAAUCCAUUGCUAAGUUCACCCCACAAGACUCUACCACCAACCCAUCUUUGAUCUUGGCUGCUACCAAGCAACCAGAGUACGCCAAGUUGAUGGAUGUUGCUGUUGCCUAUGGUAAGGAACACGGUAAGACCGUCGAAGAACAAGUCGAAAUCUCUGUCGACAGAUUGUUGGUUGAAUUCGGUAAAGAAAUUUUGAAGAUCGUCCCAGGUAGAGUCUCUACUGAAGUCGAUGCCAGAUUAUCUUUCGACACCGAUGCCACUGUCAAGAAGGCUUUGCAAAUUAUUGGUUUGUACAAGAGUUUAGGUAUUCCAAAGGAAAGAAUCUUAAUUAAAAUCGCUUCUACCUGGGAAGGUAUCCAUGCUGCUAAGAUCUUGGAAGCUGAACACGGUAUCCACUGUAACUUAACCUUAUUGUUCUCUUUCACCCAAGCUGUUGCUUGUGCUGAAGCCGGUGUCACUUUGAUCUCUCCUUUCGUUGGUAGAAUCAUGGACUGGUACAAGGCCAAGACCGGUAAGACUUACUCCGGUGAAGAAGACCCAGGUGUCCAAUCUGUCAGAGCUAUCUACAACUACUACAAGAAGUACGGUUACAACACCAUUGUCAUGGGUGCUUCUUUCAGAAACUCUGCUGAAUUAAAGGCUUUGGCUGGUGUCGAUUACUUGACCAUCUCUCCAAACUUAUUGGAUGAAUUGAUGAACUCUACCGAACCAGUCCCAAGAAUCUUGGACCCAGAAUCCGCCAAGAAGGAAGCUGGUGAAAAGGUCACCUUCAUUAACGAUGAAUCCUCUUUCAGAUUCGAAAUGAAUGAAGAUGCUAUGGCUACUGAAAAGUUGGCUGAAGGUAUCAGAAAGUUCUCUGCUGAUAUCGUCACCUUGUUCAGUAUGAUCGAAGAAAAAGUUAGGGCUUAA